AUAUAGACUUCUCCCUUUUGACUCUAGCGUCACCUAUUCUCAUAGGAACACAGUAAGAAAUACAGACUCUGUCCUUAAGAGAAAUGGCCAACCCAGCUGGUUUCCUCUGGACCUAAUUGCCAGCUAAACCAACAGCUCCAUCCACAUUAUCCAGUCUUCUUUCUGUAUGAGCCUAUCCAGUGUCCACCAUGCCUGAAUUAGAGCCACUCGGUGUACCUAGAGCCCCUAUCAAUGCUAGUCAGAUUCAGAGAAAUAUCCUGGAGGAACAUGUGGAGCUGUGGUGGUUCCAGGAGCCCAGGAAGUCCUCUAUUUGUUAUGGAGUAGCUGUGGUUCUCAUCCUGGCCUGUGGGGUCGGUGGUAUUGCCCUGCUUUACAGUACCAGCAGCCGCUCUGGGGAAUGGAGGCUGGCAGUGGGCACCACACUCUGUCUGCUGGCACUCUUGGUCCUCCUGAAGCAGCUGCUGAGCUCUGCCAUCCAGGACAUGAACUGUAUCCGCAGCCGAGAACAGGUUGAGCUACUGAAAAGCGGCGGUGCCUCAGACUGCGCUGUGCUGCUGCUGACAGCCCUUGUGCUGCUGGUGUGUGGCACAGUCCUCACAGUGCUUUCAACCAGCAACAUGGCCACCAACACAACAACUCCACGCCCCCUUGCCAGCAUGUUUGUCAGCGGCGUUGUGCUCACCACCUCUGGAGCUGUCCUCAUGCUCAGCCUGCUCUUGUAUUUCACAUGGACGUCCUGCAGUCCAGCUGCACCUCAAGCCCGGAACACUGGCAACAACAGUACCAUCUUCACAAUAUCAGGACGCACCCCAGCCAGCCAAAGGCUUCCUCCUACCUCCAGCAUGGCGAAUCUCAUUUGAGCCUCCAGAAAGUGACCUGUGGUUGCCGCGGGACUAGAAUCUGACACUGAACUGGCAUUUGCACUUUAAAUGGACCAACUUGAUCCAGGAGUUGCUUCUGAGCCGAACUUGGCAGUGCGAUCAGUUUCCUAUUGCAUAACUGGGGUGGAGCCAAGAGAACAGCCUAGGUUUGCUGCUCAAACUGUACAUUACAGAUUAUCUGUCAUUAGAAAAGAGAAUGCCUUACAUGCUGACAGCUGUCACAGGAGCUCUUCAUCAUGAAGCAAUUUGCAAAUUACCUUGCAUAGUUUUGUGAAUGGUUAUUGGGAUGUAUGCAUAAGCUUUUUCUGCAUGUCUGAUCACUCUUGUCAUGAAAGUUUGCCUGUAUCACAUCUCUGGAACACUAACAGAUCUCAGUUUCUAAUGAUUGUCUAUCUGUAACAUAUAGUUUGGCCUUACAGCUCAUAAAGAUAUUUUAUUACCCUGUACUGGGAGGUAAACGUGUGAUUAAAGGGGGGGGCAGAAUCGAUCACUAUGAAAGAAAUGUUAUCCUGUACAUCAGUGGU